ACCUACUCUCGGGUUGAGGCAAGAUAUUGGGACGUCCUCGUUCGUUUGUUCCCCCCCACGACCACAACACAAUAAUAUCUGUUAUUGAGUCGCUCCCUCAUUUUCCCCUUUUUCCUUUUCUCCUCUUCCUUGCCUUCCGACACCCCCUUCGAUCUGGGUUUGUGCUCGUCAAUUUCAUCUUUUUAGAGGUCGAAGAACAUCAUUUCCAUGGCUGCUCCACCUGCUAGGGCUAGAGCCGAUUACGAUUAUCUCAUUAAACUUCUCUUGAUCGGUGAUAGCGGUGUGGGUAAGAGUUGCCUUCUGCUGCGUUUUUCUGAUGGAUCUUUCACUACAAGUUUCAUAACAACUAUUGGCAUUGAUUUUAAGAUACGAACCAUAGAACUUGAUGGCAAACGGAUCAAACUUCAAAUAUGGGAUACAGCUGGUCAGGAACGCUUCCGGACAAUUACUACUGCUUAUUAUCGUGGAGCCAUGGGAAUUUUGCUGGUGUAUGAUGUUACUGAUGAGUCAUCUUUCAACAACAUAAGGAACUGGAUCCGUAAUAUUGAACAGCAUGCAUCAGACAAUGUCAACAAGAUAUUGGUUGGUAACAAGGCAGAUAUGGACGAGAGCAAAAGGGCUGUUCCCACCUCAAAGGGUCAAGCUCUGGCUGAUGAGUAUGGAAUCAAAUUCUUUGAAACAAGUGCUAAGACGAACUUAAAUGUGGAGGAGGUCUUCUUUUCGAUAGCAAGGGACAUCAAGCAGAGACUUGCAGAAUCCGACUCCAAGGCUGAGACUCCUGGUGGAGGACUCAAGAUCAGUGCAACAGACCCAAGUGCCCCAGCCCCAGCUGCUCCCAAAUCAGCUUGUUGUGGUUCUUAAGCUAAGUAGAAGAUUUUUGUCUCAGGAUUGCAAGGAUAUCCGCAGGAUAAUGAGUUUACCCGGAGACCUAUUUCUGAUGCAAUAUCACGGGUGCUUGUAGCUCUCCUAAUCAUUAAUUUCUGCUGCCAUUUCCGGUGUGAAUGGUAGUUUACUUGUAUGCGAAAUUUAUAUUGAUCUCUUUAUCACUUUACUUUUUUGUCCACCCUUUAGACCUCACUGAGAGAACUUCUGCUUAUUCAUGUAGAAAGUAAAAGCCACUCGUUUUUAAACUGUUCUGGAAACUAAUGAAGGGUAUUAGGAGCUUCUUUUCGUUUUAUGGAUUUGAUAAGGCGCUGCUUUGUAAAUUUUCUUCUAAGCUACUGGUCCUUUUUGAAUGCCAAUGUAUUUGGCUUUUUCAACAGAAAAUGUCUGUAAUUUGCAAGACAUUACAUGUAUUCUCAUUUAUCAUUGUUUUCA